AUGAUAGUCUUCGUUUGGGGAUUCGGCCGAAUAGGUCUUGGACCCUUGGUCGAAUAUGCUCCUCGUCCCACUAUGAUUCCUCCAUACCUAUUCCCGACAGCUUUACCAACUUAUUCUGCUGAUUCUAAUCUCAUUCACUCUGAUUCAUCUUCAAAGUCAUCGUUGUCACAUUCUGAUCAGAAAGACUCUUCAUCACAUAAACUUGUUGGUCUUUAUGCAGGUCUACAUCACUUUGUAGCGCGUAGCUCGCAUGGUCUUCUUUGGUCAUGGGGAGCUCCUCGAGGUUGCCUAUCUUGUCUCGGCCUCGGUGAUUCGAUUCGAUCAACCUCGCGGAGCUCUUCUGGAUCUGUGUCUAUCAUUGGGCAGACUUAUCCUGCUCAGAUCGCUCUUCCAGCUGAGGCUCUUGAUGUAUCUUGUGGCGUAGAUCAUACAUUUGUGCUGGCUUCAUCAUUCAUAUAA